GUUUUUGACUACCAUUCUAGUAGUAGAUCUCAGAUUUCUCGUUUUUGGUGAUGAGUUAAUACAAAGUUUUUGACUAAGUUAAUGGGAUUAAAUAAGAUUUGCUUGAAUCUGCCAAAUCUCUUACUUUAAAAAUAAUUUUCCUCGCUGGUUUUGGAUUUAUAUAAAGCGUAGCAUAUUCGAGUUCUGAUGCACACAUUAGAAUCCAAAAAGACCAAAAACCAAAAAAAUGUCCGAACCAAGUCCAAUCGCUGAUCCUUAUGCUUAUCUUAACAUCGUAAAUAAUCCAGAUGGUUCAAUCACUCGCGACCUCAGCAACUUCCCCUGCACCGCAGCUACACCUGAUCCUUCCCCACUAAACCCCGCCGUUUCAAAAGAUCUUCCCGUUAACCAAUUAAAGUCAACGUGGCUCCGUCUCUACCUUCCCUCCUCCGCCGUCAACGAGGGUAACGUUUCGUCUCAGAAACUCCCCAUUGUUGUGUAUUACCAUGGCGGAGGAUUCAUCCUCUGCAGCGUCGAUAUGCAACUCUUCCACGAUUUCUGCUCCGAGGUGGCUCGUGAUCUCAACGCCAUCGUCGUAUCUCCUUCGUACCGAUUAGCUCCAGAGCAUCGAUUACCGGCGGCGUAUGACGACGGAGUUGAGGCGUUGGAUUGGAUUAAAACCUCCGACGAUGAGUGGAUCAAAUCUCACGCCGAUUUCUCAAAUGUGUUUCUUAUGGGAACUAGCGCCGGAGGGAAUUUGGCUUACAACGUCGGACUAAGAUCCGUCGAUUCCGUCUCCGAUCUGAGUCCGUUACAGAUCCGUGGAUUGAUUCUACACCAUCCAUUCUUCGGCGGAGAAGAGCGAAGUGAAUCUGAGAUUAGACUUAUGAACGAUCAGGUUUGUCCUCCCAUAGUCACCGAUGUAAUGUGGGAUCUGUCUCUUCCCGUCGGCGUUGACCGAGAUCAUGAGUAUUCGAAUCCGACGGUUGGAGAUGGAUCGGAGAAGUUGGAAAAAAUCGGACGGUUGAGAUGGAAAGUGAUGAUGAUUGGAGGAGAGGAUGAUCCGAUGAUAGAUCUGCAGAAAGAUGUGGCAAAGCUGAUGAAGAAGAAAGGAGUAGAAGUGGUGGAGCAUUAUACCGGCGGCCAUGUUCACGGUGCUGAAAUCAGAGAUCCUUCUAAACGUAAAACUCUGUUUCUUUCCAUCAAAAACUUCAUAUUCUCUGUUCUGUAACUUUUUUUUUUUUUUACUUUUUGUAUAAAAUAAUAAAAUUGUGUAAUCUUAGGCCCAUAAAAUUGUCUCUUAAUAACUAUAUUUAGUUUAGGCCCAAUAUAUAUUAAGGCCCAUAAAACUGAAAACUUAUUUGUCCAUCCAAAAAUGA